AUGAAGUACGCCGUGGGAAGCUUUUUGUUGGCGCUGGCGGGCGCCGCGUAUGCCGCGCAGGCCCCGUUCCAGCUGCCGAGCCGCGAGCCGGCUGGCGUUGAUGCGUCCGAGUACCGCGUGCUCUCGCACCCCUCGCUGCCCGCGCACUCGCUGCGCCUGCGCCGCGUCCCGGAUGGCGUGUGCGAGCGCAAGGGCGUCGUGUCCUGGUCGGGCUACCUCGACGUGGAUCUGGACAUGGUGUACAGCCGCGAAGACAAGCUGUACGGUGCUGCGGGCACCAAGCCCCCGCCCGGCAUUGUCGAGCACUUUUACUUCUGGGCCUUUGAGUCGCGCAAUGAUAAGCACACGGAUCCCGUGACGCUGUGGCUGAACGGCGGCCCGGGCUGCUCGUCGUUUACGGGAUUGCUGAUGGAGCUGGGCCCGUGCAAUGCGGCUCCGCCCAAGGACGGUGUGCCGGGCACAGCGUGGAAUGAACACGCGUGGAACACCAACUCGUCAAUGAUCUUCCUCGACCAGCCGACCGGCGUCGGCUUCUCGUAUGCCUCGUGGAAGAACGCCUCGCGGGAGGACGCGCCGCCGUCGCGCAUCUUUGACACGGCGCACGCCGCGCGCGACGUGAGCGCCUUCCUGCACCUGCUCGCGACCGACAGCACGAACAAUGUCGUGUCGGUCGAGACGCUGCCGGGCAGCCCUCUGCCUGCCUUUACCGAGUUCCACAUGGCCGGUGAGUCGUAUGCGGGCCGCUACCUGCCGCUUAUCGCGAGCCAGAUCGUGAAGGACAACAAGCGCCUGAUCGCACAGCCCGAGACUGGCCUGCUCCCGAUCCCGCUCGACUCGAUUCUGAUCGGCAACGGUAUCACCUCGCCCGUGCACCAGAACAAGGCGUUUGUGCAGUACGCGUGCACGAACGCGACCGGCAACGGCCCCUUCCUCGAGAAGCGCACCUGCGACAAGAUGUGGGACAAGUGGCCCGUCUGCAAGAAGAUGCUCGAGAAGUGCAACCGCGAGCCGGGCAACGUGCCGUACAACCGCGAGGCCUGUGUGAACGCCAACAACUUCUGCAGUGGCGCGCUCUCGUCGCCGUGGGACGCGACGAACUCGUCCGUCUACGACUGGGACCACAAGCCGACGUACGACGAGGAGGAGUACGUCGCCGCGUUCCUGAACUACAACGAGACGCGCCGCGCGCUGGGUAUCGACCCGCUCGGCGCGGGCGACAAGCACGACGGCAAGUUUGUCGGCUGCUCGGACCGCGUCUACGAGGACUUUGAGACGACCGGCGACGGCGCGCGCGAGAGCACCUGGGCCGUGAAGCAUGUGCUUGCGAACGGCGUGCGUGUGCUCAGCUACUCGGGCACGCGCGACUUCAUCUGCAACUACAUCGGCAACGGCAACUGGCUCUACGACCUCGAGUGGGAGGGCGGCGACAAGUUCCGCAAGGCCCCGCUCGAGCCCUGGUACCUCGAGGGCAGCUCGGAGCCGGCCGGCCACUUCCGCACCUACGGCAACCUGACCUUUGCGACGGUAGACGCCGCAGGCCACUUUGUGCCGCACGAUCAGCCCGAGGCGGCGCUGACCAUGUUCCAGCGCUGGGAGCACGGCAAGGUCAAGGGCCGCCUUGAUUAG